GGGACUGCCGCCUCACCGGCUCGCGCAAGGCUUCACGCCGCCCACGCGCGUCCCGCGGCCUCGCGCAGAGGGACCCUCCCCACGCGACAUGGGCGUCGGGCCCCGGCGCUGAGCGGCAGAGGCAAUGUCAGGGCGCGGGGGCUGCGGCCCUUGCUGGGGGUUGCUGCUGGCGCUGGUGCUGGCGCUGGGCGCGCUGCCCUGGACGCAGGGCGCCGAGCAGGAGCAUCACGAUGAGAUCCAGGGCUUCCAGAUAGUCACGUUCAAAUGGCACCACGUCCAGGACCCCUACAUCAUCGCGCUCUGGGUCCUCGUGGCCAGCUUGGCUAAGAUCG